AUGUCGUUAGAUGAAGACUUCUAUUUUCCUUUCCCAAGAACCAGUUUCCGAGCCGCCGAAACGACUUUAAUUGUUCAACAAGUGUGGUUUCUGGGCUCGAAAUACCUCAAGCGCGCAAUCAAACGACAGCACGAGCCCAAUGACAGGACCACAUUCUUGACAUCUUCCUGCCAGGCACUCAGAAAGUAUCCCUACUUGCCCUGGGGAAAACGCAGAGCCUUGGCCAAGAACAGACGGCUGAGGAACUAUGCCCACCGUAUGGCAGGUGAACUCGCUGUUCGUGAUUUGGCUAUGCUUUCCCUUCUCGCCUGGCAUUUUAGCUCGAAAAUGGUGCCUCUACCCCGGAGCCUUAUUCAAUUCUUCGCCGACCCUGACGAGCAAUUUGACACAGUGUGCCAAUCUAUCCACCUCAGCUACACGAAAAUGUGUGAACCGGACACGUUGGCAAGCUUUAAGGAAAGAUUGAGGGGACUAUUGGGGCAAUUAGAAUGGCACGUGAUCCUAGGCGACGGGAUCUUGUAUACCUAG